GCCCGCUGAUUUGCCGCUCCGCUUCGCAUCAGGACGUCGCUGCAGCGGUUACUAGCCGACAGGCUGCCGCUGUUCUCCGGCUGGGAUGUGACAGAGGAGCUGCAGACAGAACCAGUCCAAAUCCGUCAGAGGGCCGAGCCGUGACAAGCAGAACUGCUCCGGGCGGAACCGCCUGUAGCUGCUCCCCUGAAGCUCCAGCCCUCCCCUCAGACUUGGUUUAGGAUGGAGGACUCUGAAACAGAGCUGGUGGUUUCGGAGUCAGAUGCCCUGGGUGCAGACUUCAUCACGGUGGAGUUGGACACGCAGCCCAUCGAGUACGUGGUGAAGUGGGCCGAGGUCGGCUCCAAGUUCACCAUCUCCUGCGUGAAGAAGGACUCUGACGAUCCGUCGGACCUGACAGCGGAACAGCUUAAGAUUGAGACGGACGAGGCUUUCUUCGCUCCGUAUGAAGAGGUGUAUCCCUGCGAGGUGACGGAGCAGAGUGUAGAGAUAAAGACAGACUCAGAUGAAGAUGAAGAUACCAACGAGGAGGAGCACGAGGUGCUAGUGGAGGCGGGGAGCAGCCGGCUUGAUGGUGAUGUGGACUCAGACCAGGCGGAUUAUGAGCCAGACGAGCGACAGUACCGCUGCAGCUACUGUGGGAAGUGUUACAGCCACGCCUCCAGCCUGUACCGCCACCAGCAGACCCACACUGGGAAGGGCACUGGACCAGCACCCCCCACCAAACGGGCACUGGAACCAACCCACCAGGAUGCACGCUACACCUGCCCUCAUUGUGGGAUGAGCUUCAAAGGAAGCAGGAUGUUGGGGAGUCACCUGCGACUGCAUGGGAAGCGACGGAUUCAUCCUUGCAACAUCUGUGGAAAGGAGUUUAAUCACAGCUCUAGCCUGUCACGCCACCGCCUCAUCCACAAGAAAGGGAAAGGCAUCCCCAAGGAUGUCACCAUUAGCCCCAAUAUGGCCGCUCUGCGCCACUCGUUGAAAGCUGGAGUCAAAAAGAACAAGAGGCAGCAGCAGCAUGUGGCGACCGCCAUCAUCCAGAGUCAGGGUGGCGAUAAGUUCUACGCUUGCCCGCAGUGUGACAUGAGCUUCAGAACGUCCACACAGCUGUCCAAACACCAGGUGACCCACGUUAAAGAGCUGCUGGACAACUACACGCCUGGCAAGGAGAACCUGGGUGAAAGCUCUUCUGACCUCAAGAUCCGCCUCAAGCUCUGCUCCCGCGACAAGCCCAACUUCUACACCCUCUGCAAGAAGAACCGUCGCCGUCGUGGGGGGAGAGGAAACAAACGGGGCCCUGCCAUCUCUGAGGAUGAGGACGGCGCUGAAGGAGGGGUUGGAGCAGGCCGCCACUGCUGCAACCAGUGUGGGAAGAGGUUCAGCCAUGCCUCCAGCCUGGCGCGACACCAGCAGACCCACAGGGCGGUGGACGGCGUUGGAGGAGGGAAACUGCAGCAGCACCAGAAACAGCUUCAAGUAAAGUCUGGGCUUUCCACCGGAAAGACCAAGACCUACACCUGUGCCGCCUGCAACAAGACCUUCAUGCACUCGUCUAGCUUCUCCCGCCACAAGAAGGCUCACAUGGAGGAAGAGCAGAGGGCCCGAGCCGCCGCUGUAAAGCGCCGGAAGAGAGUGGUCUUAGAUGAGACUGCGCCACUGGAGUCCGACUCUGAGUGACAGCCCCUGGCUAGGGACAGGGGUUGGCCUGGUUCUGGACCACUUUUGGGUUGUUCUUAAUCAGCACUGACUGGUUCUGGACUAGUUUGGGACCAGUUCUGGUAGAGUUCUAGUUUGAAUUGUUCUGAAAAAGUUCUCCACCAGUUCUGGACCAGUUUGGGGAAGAUUCUGGGCUGCUCGUGGCAGUUUGUUUAGCUAGGUUUCUGGAAGAGGAACUGGUUGGUUAUUCUCUGGUGUAGAUAUCAGCAGGACAUUCAUAUUAUGGUCAUACAGCGAGAAGAUCUCCACAUGUGGUCAUAUUCAGUACUUGCUCUAAAGGACAGGAUUUAGAUUUAACCCCUUCCCCGCCCCUUCUUUCGGACUUUUAGGUUGCACACAGACCUUUCCUCUUCAUUCUGCCCUCUCUACACUCCAUUCCCUUCAGCAAGCUUGGGGGAGAGCUUGGAGCUCCUGGGUAUCAGAGUCAACCUGUAUCCCAUCUACCAUCAGCUCUAGGGCGUGUUUUCUGGUUGCUUUCAGUCUGAACACACAUAGCAUUAUGGGAAAUUGAGUCUCCACAGAGAAGAACAUCAGAACAACCCAUAGAUUGAGUUUAGACUAGAUUUGAUGCUGAGAUCAGUUUGAGGUUUAUGAGAUGUUUAUUAACAACAAAGCUAUAGAAAGCUCCAACCUAAGGUACACAGCCUAUCACCACCACAGAGGGACAUCCAGUCCCAUCAGUGAAACCCUUAAAGAUAUUUUUAGAGUAUCAGGUACGUAAACGUUAGCUCAGUCUCUGUGCUCCUUCUUAAAAUGAAAGCCUGUCCUGAGUGUUACGUCUCUCUGGAGCUUUAACAUUCUCUUCGCUCACUGUGUCAGAUUGCUGCAAUGCCUUUUGACACAUGCACUCAUGGAUUCAUUAGGUACACCUGUUCAGGGCUUAUUAAUGCAAAUAUCUAGUCCGCCAGUCAUAUGUGACCAACCAGUGCAUUUAAGCACUGAGACCUGGUCAAGGAGAUCAUACUGAGCAUCAGACUGCAGAAGAAAGGAGAUUUAAGUGACUGUAAAUGCACUAUGGUUGUUGGUGUCUGGUAAACAGAUGUUUUAAUGCCCAUACUGACCCUACUGUUGGAGUAUUGCAGCAGAAAUCCAGAUUCAUCAGGCCAGACAAGCUGCGUCAGUUAAAUGUUUUUUUUCUACCAAUUCAGACCCAGAAUCCUGGUCAAAUGAUCCAUCUAAACCUGGGGUGGGAAAUUGGUGACACGGGGGGUGACGUGUGGCCCUCCAGCUGCUCAAAUGCGGCCCGCACUACAAUAAAAAUAGAAAUAAACUUUAGACAUUUAGAAAACAUAGUAUCUGCCAUCAAAACAUUAAAUUAGAAACUUACCUUUGAUUACUGGUAGAUGUUUGGUUAUUUGAAAAAAAGAAAAAGUUGAUAUAAUUGGAUGACAUUGCUGAUGCAAAACUUUUUUAUGCAUCACUAAAUGCAUUUAUAAAAAUAAAUAUGCAAGUAAAACAUAGAAAAAUUAACUGCAUUGAAAAAAACAUCUUGAACUUGAUUUAAGUCUCCUUAUCUCACCGACCUCCUGAGACUUUGUUCUUAAUAUGUGUUAAGUUUCUCCCACUUAUAAGACUUAAUUUCAAAGGAACCAAGAAUUUCUGUAAAAAAUAUUUUUACAGUAUCACAAAAGUACCCCAAAUUUCUUCAAACAUUCCCCUAAUGAUUCAGUAAAACUUUUUCAUAAAGCCCUAACUAGUUAUUUUAAAAAUCCACAGCAAUUAUAGGUCAAUUCCUUAAAAUUGUCAUGCCAAAUCCCUUUAAAGUGUAUCCAUAAAUUCCCAUUAAAAUUAAGAAUGUAUUCUCAUAGAUAAUGUUUAAAUGAUACAAAAAUUACCCCAAACAUCCAAACAAAUUCCUCCAUAUUUUCCAUGAAAAUCCUUGUUAAUUUUAAAGAAGUGCCCAACCCCUAAAUUCCCAAUGAAUUUCAUAAAAUGUCUGAAUAAUUUCAAACAAAUUCCUGAAGACAUCCAAACAAAUGUUCCAAAUUUCCCACGGAAAUACAAAAACAAAUAUAACUCAAAACUUCUACUGACAGUCUCUAAAAUAGACAAAAUUCUAUUUGAAAAAUUCAAACAAUUUCCCCCCAAAAUCCCCUUAAUUUUCCUUGAGAAUUCCUAAAGACUUCAUAGCAAAUUCUUUCAAUGAGUUCACGCAUCUCUAAAAUGACUUAAACUUAAAUAGACGUCCUGGACAAUUACCUCAAAAACUCAGAAAUUAUUACUGUGUUGUAAGAAAGUUAAAAUGUUGUCAUUGGAUGUACAUGAAGGGUCUGAGAAGGUUGAAAUAAAGAUUUCUAUUUGCCCUUGAAUUUAAAAACAUAACUGUUGGUACAUCCAACAGCAGUUUAAUUAUUAGUAACCCUAAUGGCUAAAUUGAGAAUGUGCAUACAUUUGUAACAGUUUGGCCCUUUGGUAUUGACAAAAAGACUGCAGUCUCUUGGUAACCAAAGUUACCCAUCCCUGAUCUAAACAACUACAGCAUCUCAUUUGAACAGCACGGUUUAGCAUUAUUUUGAUUUAGCAAAUGGAGAUAAAGUUGCCCAGAGGCUGUCAGGUUAUUCUCACAGAAAGCCAAAGCACUGAAGGACAAUAUUCAGCUCAGGAAUGUUGACUUUAACAUAGGAAAAAGAAGCACUGCUCUAUUUAGCAUCAUUCUGCAAACCAACUGCAAACCAUUGCAAUCUGAAAUUGGUUUAAGUGUGAUUAUAUUUUGGGUUCCUUUGGAUUGGAAAUAGGAACACCACUAGCCCAGGCAUCAUUUUUUUUAAGCUUCUGUCUGUUUUGGUUGCUCUUUAAAUCAGUUUUCUGCUCUUAGCAGGCAGAAGUGGUACCUGCCGUUGUCUUCUAUGCCCUUGGCCAAUCUUUUACUGUGCAUUCAGAAAUGCUCCUCUGCACACCAAAUGAGUUGCUAUGAGGUAUUGUUUCCUGUCUAUCAGUUCAAACUAGUCUGGUCGUUCUUGUAUGCUAUCAACAAGGAAUUUUCACCCAGAGAAUAUCCGUUCACUGGAUGUUUUCUCUUUUCCAAGCCAUUAAACUCUGCAGAUGGUUGUGCAUGAAAAUCCCAGUAGAUCAGGAGUUUGUGAAAUAGACCAGCCUGUCUAUGGUACCAUGGUACCUUCAGAGUCUCUUAAAUCACCUUUCCUCUCUAGUCUGAAGCUCAGUUUGAAGGUCACCAUGUCUAAAUGCAUUGGUUGAUACCAUGUGAUUACUGAGCAGUUAGACAGGUGUACCUAAUGAAAUGAUCUGUGAGUGUAUAAAAUGAGGAAACUCCUAAUGUUAUGACCACAAGGUACUGCUUGAUAAAGAUAGAUACAUUCACAGUUAAUCUACUAAUCAGUCCAGUCCCUAAAAUAACAACUUUGUUGCCCUAAAUUUUCCGUGGUUUUAAUAAUAUUGAGUAGUGAAAUGGUUGGAGACGCCUUUGUUGUUGGUAAACUCUGACCUGUUCAGGACCAGAGGCUCCUCAGCUGCUCUUCAUGUAUGUGACUCCCCAGUUCCUUUGUGUGUUUUUUUAAGAGUGAUUUUGAUUGGCUGAAGUUCUUUCUGACGCACUGUUCUGAUUGGUUAACAGUUUAAUAGUUUUGAUAUUUUCUAGGGUUAAAAUGUGAAAAGUGAGCAGACAAGCUGAUUGGUUCGACCUGGCGUUCCUACACAUUAACAUUUGCAUGAAGACUAUAACCCGCAGCUCGUCAGCCAUAUUUGUAGUUUUUUCCAGCUGUGAGGUGGACGGCGGAUCUGCGGCGUUUAACGCUUGGACUUGUCACACGCCAACAGAGCGGUGGUUUUGUGGGGGUCAAAGAGAAAAUGCACUUCUUAUUUAUGAAUUUGGAACAAUGUUGUAAUAUAUAAAUAUAAAUAGUAUUUAAAUGUGAUUGACAAGUUAAAUAAAGAAAACAAGAGAGCACCUAGCCAGGCUUAGCUGUCCUCGUUAUCGUAGCACCACCACCACUACCUUUGUUGUUCAGCAUCCCAUCAACAAGACCCCUCAUAACGUCACACACUGUGACACUUUUUGUGCUGUAUAGCUUAAACUUUUCUCUUUUUUUGCAAUAAGUGAAAAUACAGAAAACAUUCAAAUAAACCAGCUAUUCUUUUACGGUGAAAUUCUGCAGGGGGGGUGGGUUUGGUAGAUUUUGGGCUAAAUUAUUCAGUGGUAUUAUUUAUUAUUGGCUUGAGUAAUAAUUUAUUGAAUUGUUUGAGCUGAUUUAAAAAAAAACCCGAAGAUGUUUCUGCAAAUAAAAGUGAAGUGAUGUAACAGAUUUAGUAGAUUUCAGGGAGACGUGUCUCGACCAACAUGGAAAAACGAGGUUUUAAAAAUAUCUCCGUCAGCUGUUUGAAAAGUUUGCAGGCACAAACAUCAGCAGUUGUUCCCAGAAUGUUACAUUUGUGACUAAUUGGCACUUAGGCAGCAUGAACGUGUCUCCACACAGUAAAAGCUGGGAUCUGUGGUUGGAACUGGAGGAUUAAUCCUGUGACUCGGACAAGCUUUUCUUUUCUCCCCACAGUUGGAACCGAAUCGGCCAAAAUAAGACCCUUAACUUUUCGUUUGUGAAUAACAUUUUAUUGUGUGAAUUGGAUUUCACCUAAUUGUAACUUAUUUAUAAGUGUGUUGGCACUAUGAUCCUCCUGAAGAAAACAAACAAUUUCUCCUCCUCAUCCCUCCUGCUCUUCAUCCUCUCAGUUUGUGUUCUCUCAGUUCUGGGCCUUAAAGACGCUGUUCUCCUCUUUUCUCCACAGUUUUUGCAUUUCGAUCCAUGUUGUGUUGCUUUGUUUUCUGUUUGGUUUGUGGUUCCUGCAAAGCUUCACCCCCAGAUAGAAAGUUGUUCGUCAUUGUAUUGUGUUUGCCAAUAGAAUAAAUCCAGUGGACAUGUACUGUCUUGCGUUUUGUAAUAAACCUUUGAAAGAA